AUGCGGUUGGAUCCCGUUUCUAUUCCAAGCUUUGACGGACAGCCGUCAAACUGGUUAGCGUUCAAGGAUAUGUUUGAGACACUAGUUCACAACAGAAGUGACUUACAACCCACCUAUAAACUGGGAAAACUGCGACAGUAUGUGAAGGCAGAAAAUGUUCCAUUAGUAGGUGGCUUGUACACAGGUGGGUAUGAAGAAGUCUGGGCUGAAUUGAAACAACGUUAUGACAACCCCCGUACUCUUUCGGAGCACCAUGUUCAGUAUCUACUAGACUUGCCGACCCAUCCACCAGAAUCUCGAGCUACGCUACUAAAUUUGGUAGAUACUGUUCGUAAUUCCUUUAGAGCGCUCGAAAUGAUGAAUGUGCCAGUAAAACAAUGGGAUGCUAUAGCCGUACCACUGCUAUUACCCAAACUACCGGUUGUUACCCGAACCGAGUGGGGAAUGAGCCUAAAAUCCAAUGACAUCCCGAAGAUGGAAGACGUUAUAAUGUUCGUGGAACGGCGUGCAGCUAACCUGCCGACAUCUUCGCCCAUUACUCCACAGUUUUCAAGCGGUCGCACAUCAAGGUCGUGUCGUGAAGACGCAUCUGGCUAUAAAUUCUGGAAAAAUUACUAA